CUGGGCAAUCGGUGAAGAUAGUGAUUCAUCCCAAGAAGUCGAUGGGACAAAGAUAUUUGAAGUUCAGUUGCCCACAAAGCACCAAGUGUUAUUUCGGCGAUCAACGUCAGCUUAGUUUCUUCCGAAUCUAUAGUCAGCAGAAUUGUGAGUUGGAAUGUCGAACCAAUUACUUUUUGGAUACACGGAACUGCGUCCUGCCAUACAUGCCUCGUCCGAUUGGCGUCCAACUGUGCAACGAUACAUCCGUUUCUGAAGAUCAACUGCAGAAGGAAAUCAUGAUUCGAGCGAUAUCGCAGGACAUACCACUGUCAAAGUAUUUCGUGCAAUCCUGCAAUUGCCUACCAACUUGUAACGAAAUCAGGUACAAAAGCAAUGCUUCGAACAGUUCUUUGAAAUCAGCCAACUACUCGGAAGUACUGGUACGCUUCGAGAAAGACCAUUUCUAUGGAUCCCGAAUUACGGUCAGAUAUGGAGUCGUUGAAUUCCUGGCUUCCUGCGGAGGAUUACUUUCCCUAUUUCUGGGCAUCUCAUUCAUAACAGUUGUUGAAAUGCUGUAUUAUUGCACAUUGAAACCAAUAUUGGUGUAA